UAUGACUUUUUCUUGGAUAUAAUAUAAUUUGACCAAUGUGUUUUGACUUUUGACUUAGCUCUCCGGCGAAGAGUCUCUCACCGUGAGAGCGAGCUUUGUCCGAUCUGUAAUCACGAGAAGGAACGGAACCAUGUUGUGCGGAGGUUCACGGGUCUUGCAGCAUUUGUCCGACCACCACCAUAAUCAUAGUUCGAUUGGAUUAGGAUUAGGGUUUUGUGGUGCUAAGAUUGUGCAGCUCUCUUCACUCUUUAUCAGCAGGCCGUGUCAGGCUAUGGCGAACCAUUCUAGCCAUAAAUUGCAACAGCGGAUGAUGAUUUCUUCAUAUGGGUCUCAUUGCAGGACUCCCGGAGAUAUCCCUAUCCUUCACACUUGUUUCAGCCAACGAGAAGAUGAUCCUGAGCUUCCAGUUGAAGGAUUAUCCCCAGUUUCAGGAGGCGUUGUUGCUCUAGGGAAGUUUGAUGCCCUGCAUAUCGGCCAUCGAGAGCUUACGAUUCAAGCUUCAAGAAUUGGAACUCCGUAUCUAUUAUCUUUUGUUGGAAUGGCCGAGGUACUUGGCUGGGAGCCUAGGGCUCCAAUAGUGGCCAAAUGUGAUCGAAAAAGGGUGCUUAACUCUUGGGCAUCAUAUUGUGGAAACAAAGCACCUGAAGAGCACGAGAUUGAAUUUGCCAGCGUGCGACAUCUUACCCCACGACAGUUUGUGGAGAAGCUGUCAAAGGAGCUCAGAGUCUGCGGAGUUGUGGCAGGUGAAAAUUACCGAUUUGGAUAUAAAGCGUCUGGUGAUGCCACUGAGCUAGUGAGACUGUGCGAGGAUUAUGGCAUCACUGCUUACAUCAUAAAGUCUGUGAUGGACAAGAAGCAAGGCCCAGGAAGGAGAGACUCAGGGGACUCAAAAGACAGAGGACAAGUCUCUUCUACACGUGUACGCCAAGCUCUUGCUGUGGGAGAUAUGAGGUACGUAUCAGAGCUCCUUGGCAGGGCACAUCGGCUAAUCUUGAAAGUCAGAACCCAAGAUAUGCGGAGUGAAAGGAUGAUCUCAGUCCCGAGAUCAUCACUACUUAAUUUACCACCAGGGAAUGGAAUUUAUGAGGCAUGUUUGCUUAUAGUUGGUGAUGCGUCUUCCAUUCCGUGUACCUUAGUUGUUGAUACAUCAAAUAUCCAUGUAGAAACCAAGGAGGUACGGCUCUGUAAUUUAGAUUGGUCUCAAGAAUUUCAACUCUUGAGUGUUGCGUUUGAUUGAUUCAAUCUUAGUUCCUAUAUGUCUCAA